AGCCUGGAGGACACAAGUAGCUGGAGCUUUCAUAGAGAAGUGGAGGGAGCGCUUGAUGCAAAUAGCACAUGCCGAGAGCCGCCGCUAGCUGGCUAGGGUAAAUUUCAGGCAACCGAAAGCGAGGUGGGGAUUUACGCAUGCGCCUUGCCUCCUUCAGGGCUAGGUCCGUGCGUAGGUGCGUUUGACUCGCCAGGCGCCUGCGCAGUGUGGAAGGCGGAGGGAUAUCUGAUUUGGCCCAACCCCUAUGCCCGUCGCGAGCUGAGGCCGCGCGGGUCGGAGAGCGGCGGCCUGGUGUGCGCGCUAGACGGCUGACUGAGGAAGACCAAAGCGGACCCCGCUGGAGUGGAAGCCGAAAAAGGAGUUCUCGUCGCUGAGGGGCCGCCGCAACUGCCGCGAGCCCCAGGACCAACGCCAGGCAGAGGAGGGUGCCGCGCGGCGGAUUUGGCAAGAUGACCCAGUUCCUGCCGCCCAACCUUCUAGCUCUCUUUGCCCCCCGUGACCCUAUUCCAUACCUGCCACCCCUGGAGAAACUGCCACAUGAAAAGCACCACAAUCAACCUUACUGUGGCAUUGCACCGUAUAUCCGAGAGUUUGAGGACCCUCGAGAUGCCCCUCCUCCAACUCGUGCUGAAACCCGGGAGGAGCGCAUGGAGAGGAAGAGACGAGAAAAGAUUGAGCGGCGACAGCAGGAAGUGGAGACAGAGCUAAAAAUGUGGGAUCCACACAAUGAUCCCAAUGCUCAGGGUGAUGCCUUCAAGACUCUCUUCGUGGCCAGAGUGAACUAUGACACAACAGAAUCCAAGCUUCGGAGAGAGUUUGAAGUGUAUGGACCCAUCAAAAGAAUACACAUGGUCUACAGCAAGCGCUCGGGAAAGCCCCGCGGCUACGCCUUCAUCGAGUACGAGCACGAGCGGGACAUGCACUCCGCUUACAAACACGCAGAUGGCAAGAAGAUCGAUGGCAGGAGAGUCCUCGUGGAUGUGGAGAGGGGCAGGACCGUGAAGGGCUGGAGGCCUCGGCGGCUGGGAGGUGGCCUCGGUGGUACCAGAAGAGGUGGAGCCGAUGUGAACAUCAGGCACUCAGGCCGUGAUGAUACAUCCCGCUAUGAUGAGAGGGACCGAGACCGGGACCGUGAGCGGGAGCGUAGAGAGCGGAGCCGAGAGAGAGACAAGGAGCGGGAACGACGACGCUCCCGCUCUCGGGACCGGCGGAGGCGCUCACGGAGCCGCGACAAGGAUGAGCGGCGUCGUUCCAGGGAGCGAAGCAAGGACAAGGACCGAGACCGGAAGCGUCGAAGCAGCCGGAGCCGGGAACGGGCACGGCGGGAACGGGAACGCAAAGAGGAGCUUCGUGGUGGUGGAGGUGGUGGAGGUGGAGGUGGUGGAGGUGGUGGAGGCGGUGGUGGCGGUGGUGGUGGCAGCGGCGGUGGGGGUGGCCAGGACAAUGGGCUGGAAGGUCUGGGCAGUGAUAGCCGAGACUUGUACAUGGAGUCUGAGGGCGGCGACGGGUACAUGGCUCCAGAGAACGGGUAUCUCAUGGAGGCGGCACCCGAGUGAAGAGGUCUUCCUCACCGCUUUGUUCGGAUGUGUUCCUAAGCAGCCCUCACUGUCACCCUCUCCUCAACCUUCCUGGCCACCUCAGUUUGCCUCUGAGGGUAGGUGUUUUCUUUGUUCUGGCCCCUCGAAUUUAAGAAUAAAAUUAAUUUCCUGUU